AUGCCACCUAUAGCCUCGCGCCGGGGUCGUCGCAUCGCUUCCAAAGCAUGCGAUAUUUGUCGCGAACGCAAAGUUCAAUGCGUCUUCGAAGACGAGAGGACGGCAUGCCGCCGAUGUAGUCAAGGUAACACAGAGUGCACGUUCCUAAAGGAGCGUAGGGCAAGAGGUCCUCCUCCGAGGACAAUCACUACCGCUCUGACUCUCCCCGUGGGGGAGCUCCUGGUCGAGCACCUCUGUCCACGAGAUGUCUUCUUGGCCAUCAUCGACGAUUAUCUGGAUCUGGUCUGGCCUCUGCUCCCUCUUGUCCACCGACCGGGUUUCAGGGCCGCUCUAUCAAAACACAGCUAUGCUACCGACUCGACAUCAUUUCGUCUUUGCAUCACCUUGUGCGCCGUAACGGUAGCCUCCAUGCCACGUAAAUUCGAACAGUAUGGCGGCUCCCGGUAUUCCGACGUUGCUGCCAUGGUGGAUCGAGCAUGCCACUUGGUUCUCCUCAGUCGGGUUCAAUCAGCGCCAGACUGGCAGAAUCAGCCUUCUAUGAGUAGCAUGAUCGUCUCCAUCAUGCUGAGCAUGGCAAGCCAUUACGCUGGAAGACACAACCAAGGCUGGAGCUAUGCGAGUGAAGCGAUACAAUUCUUUCAGGCGUUGGAGUUGUUCAGGAAGGAGGGGUAUGAGAAGCUCACUGUUCUCGAAGGAGAACUGUGCAAGCGGGCUUUCUGGGUGCUGUACAUCAUUCAAAUUCACGACCGCCUCUCUUUCAUCGUCCCUCACACUGGGCUGAGCUUCAAUCCUCUGUAUACUGAUUGGGAGUACCUUCUUCCCUCCGAACUUGAAGAUGAAGAAAUACCGACCCAAGAAUUGCUAAGUAUGAACGAUCACCGCAGCGCAAUGGACACGGACUUCGAAGGCCGCCCACUCCCCGUCAUUUCUGGUUUCAUCGCACUAAUCAAAGUUUUCCUGUGCGUCGUUGAUUUUCUGUCCAACGGGUUUCCAGGCGCCCCGCCCCAAGCCUAUGCCAUGACAUCGGGCUCCCUUCAAACCCUAGCGUACCCGGCCAGCCCGACAGAACACCCGGAAUUUGCCCCUUCGCCGGCUUCCUUCAGGUCAACGGUCGACUUGAAUUCACUAUUACGCAUAUUACGAAGGCUGCAGCGGGUCAUAGAAGAACUACCACACGAGUUGAAGAUACCCACUCGCGACAACCAGAUUCAUGCCCAAAAUGCGGAAUUCUCGCCUGUGAAAGCAAACCAAUUCGACAUUAUGCGCGCAAACAUACAUGUCACGAGCCUCUACAUCCAGAGCAAGAUCCUGGAGGUCUGCCUGGGCGCUUUUACAUGCUCGCGUGCGGCGGACGAAAAUCACGCGUCGCCAGAGGAUGACUUGAGAUCUACCACUUCUGGGAACGGAUCGCGAACACAACUCUGGCAGUUCCGGGAGAGUAUCGCUCAUGAGCUGCUUCACGUCCUACGUUUCUGCUCGUCUAGGACGUUGGAGGCCAAUGGAUCUUCCAUGAUUGUGAAGAUCCGCGAGAUUGCUGCGACGUUACUGGAUAACGAUCAUGAACUCGAUGCUACGUCUGAGCUAGAGGAGCAAUCCCGUCAAUAUGUCGUACACUUUGCCGGCAUUUUGGCGGAUUUGGAUCAUAUGGGGUACUCUACUAUUAUUCCUCCGAGUUUUUAAAACCGUUUGUUUCUUUUUUUUUUG